GAGACCUGCACAUGCAUGUACACCUGUGUUCCCCCCCCCCCUUUAUCCCUGAGCCGUAGCUAUACCGUCGCAUGUCGCUGCCAGGAUGGCGGAGUGCCCGUGGCUGGGGGCUCUGCAGGGCCCGGCGGUCUUCAGCCGCCCAGGCCAGGGCUAUGGGGUGCUGAGCACCCCGAGCAGGCUCUGAGGGGCUGCCUGGCUCUGUUUGCACUGCAGAUGCGGGACAUCCAGCUCAACCACCUGACCCGCUUCAUCGGGGCCUGCAUCGACCCGCCCAACCUCUGCAUCGUGACGGAGUACUGCCCGCGGGGCAGCCUGCAGGACAUCCUGGAGAACGAGAGCAUCAACCUGGACUGGAUGUUCCGCUACUCGCUCAUCAACGACAUCGUCAAGGGCAUGGCCUUCCUGCACAACAGCAUCAUCGGGCACCACGGCAGCCUCAAGUCGUCCAACUGCGUGGUGGACAGCCGCUUCGUGCUCAAGAUCACCGACUACGGACUGGCCAGCUUCCGCGCCGCGCCCGACGCCGACGAUGCCCACGCGCUCUACGCCAAGAAGCUAUGGACAGCGCCCGAGCUGCUGCAGAAGGGGCAGCUGCCCACCCAGGGCAUGCAGAAGGCCGACGUCUACAGCUUCGGCAUCAUCCUGCAGGAGAUCGCCCUGCGCAACGGCCCCUUCUACGUCGAGGGCAUGGACCUGAGUCCCAAGGAGAUCGUGCAGAAGGUGCGGCACAGCCAGGCGCCGUUCUUCCGGCCCUCCAUCGACCUGGGCGUGCACAGCGAGGAGCUGGCCCUGCUCAUGGAGCGCUGCUGGGCCCAGGAGCCGGCCGAGCGCCCCGACUUCAGCCAGGUCAAGGUCUUCAUCCGCCGCUUCAACAAGGAGGGCAGCACCAGCAUCCUGGACAACCUGCUGUCGCGCAUGGAGCAGUACGCCAACAACCUGGAGAAGCUGGUGGAGGAACGGACGCAGGCCUACCUGGAGGAGAAGCGCAGGGCCGAGAACCUGCUCUACCAGAUCCUGCCCCACUCCGUGGCCGAGCAGCUGAAGCGCGGGGAGACGGUGCAGGCCGAGGCCUUUGACAGCGUCACCAUCUACUUCAGUGACAUCGUUGGCUUCACAGCGCUGUCGGCGGAGAGCACCCCCAUGCAGGUGGUGACGCUGCUGAACGACCUGUACACCUGCUUUGACGCCAUCAUCGACAACUUUGAUGUCUACAAGGUGGAGACGAUCGGCGACGCCUACAUGGUGGUGUCGGGGCUGCCAGUGCGCAACGGCAAGCUGCACGCCCACGAGAUCGUGCGCAUGGCGCUGGCGCUGCUCGACGCCGUGCGCACCUUCCGCAUCCGGCACCGGCCCAGCGACCAGCUGCACCUGCGCAUCGGCAUCCACACCGGCCCGGUGUGCGCCGGGGUCGUGGGGCUGAAGAUGCCGCGGUAUUGCCUCUUUGGGGACACGGUGAACACGGCCUCGCGCAUGGAGUCCAACGGGCAGGCCCUGAAGAUCCACGUCUCCUCCACCACCAAGGAGGUCCUGGACGAGUUUGGCUGCUUCGAGCUGGAGCUGCGCGGGGACGUAGAAAUGAAGGGGAAGGGGAAGAUGCGGACGUACUGGCUGCUGGGCGAGAGGAAGAACAACAUGGUCGCCUGAGCCCUCCGGCCGUGGAGCCCUUGCCACAUCCCCGACUGCCGCGCGCUGCCGAUGGACUGCAGGUCAGCGGGACCCAUGCCCGCCCUGCCCGCGCCGGCCGCUCUGCACCCGGUGCCCGCGCCCAGGACGGGGUAGAGCAGACCCAGCCCUGACUGGCAGCAGCAGAGCCGGCGUCACCACGGCACAGCCCUGGGCCCGCGGCUGCUCUUCCCUGCGCGGGGGCGGGCAGGAACAGGCCAGAGCCUGGGGGCGCACCUGCUGAGUCUCCCCGUGACCCUGCCCCGACUGCCCCCUCCUCCCCUCCCCGGGCUCAGCUGGCCCGAGCCCCUGCUGCCCCCACUCGGCUGGCCGAGCCCUGCGCCCCCCCCCCCCCCCGGGCACUUUGCCUGCUUUUUUUUCAGGACUCGCUAACCCCCCACCGCGAGCGUCAGGGGCUCCUGCCCAGGCUGGCCCCACAGCAGAGCGGGGCGGGAGGCACCGCCGGGGCCAGUGCAGCUGCUCCCCCAGCCCAGGAAGCGCCCCACGCUCCUCCUGCCCACUGUAAAUACCCCAUGGGCCACGACCCCUGCUCCCCCUUGUAAAUAUAGGAGUCAGACGGUGCACACUAUUUUGGUGAAAUACAGACCUCCCCCAA